GGUAACUUCAGCAAGCUACCUGCAGCCCUCUGUCUGACAUCAUGUCCUUCAACUGCUCCACAAGAAAUUGCUCUUCCAGGCCAAUUGGAGGACGCUGCACUGCUCCAAUGGCCCCAGCUGCCACGACUUCCAUCACUGAUGCUGACUGCCUGGGUGGCAUCUAUUUGCCCAGUUCCUUCCAGACUGGCUCUUGGCUCCUGGACCACUGUCAGGAAACCUGCUGUGGGCCCACUGCUUGCCAGCCAACCUGCUAUCAGCGAACUUCAUGCGUCUCCAACCCUUGCCAGGUGACCUGCUCUCGGCAAACUACCUGUGUUGCCAACCCCUGUUCAACUACCUGCAGCCGGCCACUCACCUUUGUCUCUAGUGGAUGUCAGCCCCUGGGAGGCAUCUCCAGUGUCUGCCAACCAGUGGGCGGAGUCUCUACUGUCUGCCAGCCAGCCUGUGGGGUCUCCAGGACGUACCAGCCGUCCUGCAUGUCCAGCUGCCGAAGAACCUGCUAAGUGUGUGGGAGCCGGUGAGCGAAUCAAGACUCCACGACCUGCCAGCUGUUUCCAGGAUCUUCCAGCACGCUGCUUGUCCCUAAUAGCUCUUCAUCGCUGACUCCUCUUCUGACUGCCUGACUGCUGGCUACUAGCCAUGCACACGCUGUCUUUGGCACUCUCAAAGUUUUCUGGCCAGCCCUAAGCCUGUUUUAAGGGUUGCUCACUGGUGCUGUGUAUGCCUCUGGAUGUGUCCAGAAGCUUUACCACCCACGCCCCAGUCUCUAAUGCUUUUAACAUGUUUUCACUGUGCUGCUGUAUCUCCUGGCCUCUGCUUUUGUAUCUCUCAAAAAGGGAGCUUGUUUCGCCAUGUAUUUCUCAAUAAACCUGCAUGAGUUGGCAUUGCAAA